AUGGAAUUAGUUUGGCAAGUAGGCAGUGGGAUCAACCACAAAAAAUGGACAUGCCUGGUUUGUGAAGAUCAGCUUUGGAGAGAUUCCACAGCGGUACACCGCCAUGAAGACCAUCAGAAUCACCAACAAGCAGUCAGAUAUCGGCAAGAGAAUUCGGAUUAUACCCCUCCCAAUCCAUUCAGCCCCAAUCCUGAAACGUCAAGCCGAGUUUCUCCUCCAUUACGAGAGCUUCUUGUAGAGUUGUCCGAGGCCCCAUACCGAAGCUCUUUUGAAGAGGUCCCAGCUGGGGAAUUUUUCGAUUUCGAUACUAUCGAAGUGGACAAUCAUGGUCCAGAUUUAUCCCGCCAAUCUAUUGAUUAUUCCACUCAUUUUAACUUGGGCGAAGAUACUGAAUUACAAGCUUCGGAUGAGCAGCGUGGUGUGGCACGUCUCGCUGAAGAAUUACAUGCCUGGCUCCUGGAAGAUAGUGAAUCAGAUGACUCAGAGCCAGAGAUUCAAGAGCGAGACGAAGUAGAUGUUGGUGUCCCUGAUGAACUCGGAACCUUACUCAACUUUGGGGCUCCACGACCUCGUCGUCGUCAGCGAACUGAUAACCCUGCAUGGUUCCCCUGGUCUGAUAAAGAAACAUGUAUCCUGGAUGUGCUCCGCCAUCUGCCUCGUUCCUUAUUUUCAGAUGCACAAAUGGACAUCAUUCUCUGGGGGAUUGCCUCAUUCAGAGUCGAUAAUGCACCUUCAACUGACACUGCAAAGAGUGUAGGCGAAUAUCUACAAACUCUUUGUGGGAUCAAGACUGAGCGUCAGAAAGGACCACUUGGGCAUGUGUAUUAUAUCAAUCAGCUUGCUGGACUUAUUCGUCAGGAAAUGGGCAACCCCAAAAUUCGACCACACAUCCGCCACUAUCCUGAAGACAGUGGACAGCAUGUCGAGCAUGCCUGGCAAGCAGAUGCUUGGAGAACCCUGGAUCCUGACCUUUCCUCGCCUAUGCUGUAUUGCGAUGACACAUCUGGGAAUGUCUCGAAGAAAUGGAACAAAUAUAACUCCUUUCUCUUUACCGCCGCUGGUCUUCCUCGAGAAUAUGCUCAUCAGGAAAGCAACGUUCAUUUUCUUUGCACCUCCAACCUAGCGCCUCCAUUGGAGAUGCUGGAUGGAAUCAUGAAACAGCUUGAACAAGGUCAGCUGGAAGGUAUAUGGGUGUGGGAUAUUCAGCAUCAGGCUAUGGUGCUAAUAAUACUGGUGGUUUUGGCAAUGCUGGGUGACAACCCCAUGCAAAGUGAGUUUGCUUGCCACGUUGGCCUUGCUGGCAAGUUCUUCUGUCGUUGUUGCUUUGUGAAGGGACGGGAUGCAGAAGACGAGACAGCUGUUCCAGCUCCUGGGCCUAUUUCCGAUAACAUCUCAGUUCAGUCAGAUCUCUCCGAUACAGGUGACGAGGGUACUAAGAAACGUGGUCGUCGCAAAGAAACUAUGCAGGAGCUUAUUGCCAGAGCAAAACGGUUUGUCGGGAUGAAUGAGACACGAUCUCCAGAGAAUACAACCCAAACACUCCGCAGUAUAUUUAUUGCUUCCCAGAAAUAUAAUGGCAAGACUCAGUCCAAAAAAAUUGUUACUCAGACAGGCGUUAAAGACACAUUUCUGGAGAGAUUCAAUCAGCAGAUAGUUUCAUUUGUGGCAAAGAUACCUGGGAAUACCUCCGCUUCUCAGAAACAAAGACUUGUGGACAAUUUUGUGGCAGAGAACAUUCCAUCCGAACCAAAUGUCUUUAGCCCUGUAUGGAGAAUAAAAGGACUGGACCCUCAUCGAGAUACACCAGUGGAGAUCCUGCAUGUCAUUCUUCUUGGGUUUGUUAAAUACUAUUGGCGAGAUGCCAUUGCUCGCCUCAGUGACCCUCAGAAGGAAAUUUUAACUAAUCGACUGGCUUCAGUUGAUGUCUCGUCAAUGGGUCUUGCUCCGCUGGCGGGUGAGACACUGGUCAAGUAUGCACGAUCUCUCACUGGCCGAGACUUUUGUGCUAUUGCCCAAGUUGCUCCUUUUGUCCUUUAUGACCUUGUUCCAAAAGAAUGUUUCGAAGCCUGGCUUUUGCUCAGUGCGCUCAUUCCACUUGUCUGGCAGCCAGUAAUCAAUCAUUUAGAUGAAUAUCUGGCAACUCUUGAGCUUGCUAUUGACCGCUUCCUUGAUUGUGCUGCCAAUUGGACGCCGCGGUGGUUCAACAAACCAAAAUUUCACAUCAUCAAACACUUACCCAUGCAUAUUCGUCGUUUUGGGCCUGCAAUCCUCUAUGCAACCAAAGGCUUCAAGUCAUUCAAUGCCAUUAUCCGUGACCACAGUGUUCACAGCAACCACCAGGCUCCAUCUCGGGACAUAGGUCGGGGCUUUGCUCAAUGCAGUCGAAUUCAACAUCUUCUCCACGGAGGAGUCUUCUUCAACCCCCCCGAAAUCUCCACAAACACUUCAUCUUCGUCAAAUCACUUAUCAUGCAGCGAUGACCCCAUGCAUUGGGUUUGUGCAGGCCCUCUUCCCCUCAAGCUUGCACGAACCAGUCUAGGGAAAUCACAAAGUCCUGUAGUUCGUGCAUAUGGACUUGAUGUAACGGAGCAAGAAAAACCUUGCCCAGGACACUGUGUAUACACUAAGUCCACUAAAUUGGAUCAGCCUUCUUCGCAGGUACUAGCCAUGGAAAAGCUCCCAAAUGCUAUCCACGGCGCCGAAAAUAGACAGUUCCAUCUUUAUGAACAGGCCAUCUCUGUCUCACUCGAACGCUAUUCUGUGGGUCAAUUUGUUGUAGUCAAACCUCACGAUCUGCAACCGAAUCAACGUUUUUGCGUCGGAGAAGUGUAUGAAAUACUGCAGGCAUUACCUGGCACAGAAGCAGCCGUUCUUCUGAAGCUGUGGGUGUUAGGCCCUGUUGAUGACACCUAUAAGCUCCAUCGCCUUCAGCCCGGGCAGUGGACUUUGAUCAAAGCUGAGAACAUAUUAUGCCCAGUCAAUACACAGCACCGCUGCCAAGCUAACGGUUGUGAUCUUUCCGCAUUUCGUCUUGUCCGUGAAGAACGUGAGAUGACGCAAAAGCGUCUGCCUCGCACACACCACUACAAUCCUGACGACCGUCUACUCAACACAAAUCAAAUGCGCUGCGGUGUCUAUGUUCAGGCUUUUCGGCCUAUUCUUCCUCCUCUGAACCGAGACGACGCUAUCCAGGAGGGAGCUGCCCGAGAGCUUCAAUCGCAAAUCGAGGCCACUUGCCGAAGCUCUACACGCAACGGCGUUCGAAUGCCAGCUCCGGCUCAGAGUCCUAUGCUUUCUAGAGAACCCUCACCCUAUCCCCCGACUUUUUCAGCAGUUUCUCCGCUUCAAGAUGGCCAGCAGUCGAUUCCUCCGCAUGUGCCAGGAAACCCUAUUCUACAGCAAUUUCUGCAUGAACAGCUGGCUGCAACGAGUCGCCGACAGCCAACGUGUACCUCCUGUGGACAAUCUGGACAUAAUAGUCGAAUGUGUGCCCGAAGGGGAGACAGGGGAGGAGAAAAUCGUAGAGCUGCAUAA